AUGGAUGAUAAUUUAAUUUCUGAUGCUAUGAAACAAUCUUUUUAUGCAAGAAAUCAUCAUAGUGGUGAUGGUGAUGAUGAUGUCACAUUAAACAAAGGUGACGGUGGUAGAGAUAUAGUUGAUGGUGUUGUCUUAAAAUCCAAUAAAAGACCUCGAGAUCCGGUACUGAUGCCUUUGUCUUCUACAGGUGGAUUUAAAGAUCUUGUCGUGGAUGGGCCCAUGUCAUCUUCGAUUGUGAUAGACGUCAAUACUGCUAAAGUUUCUGAUUUGGAAUCAGAGACCAGCUCUUCUUCCUCUAAUGAAAUGUAUAUCGAUGUUGACGAUGAUGAUGGGUUUUUAAAGAAAGUUGUACAAAAUGCCAAACCAGUUAUUAUUGGUAAAAAUUUAAAUACUGGGAAAUUUAUCAUCCAUCCUUUUGAUAAAGAUGAAACUUUGACUGCCAAAUUUUAUUUGAAAAAAUUUGGUUUGCGUCAAUUUUUAGAGGCAUAUCUACCCGAUGAACUUACUUCUUUGCAUUUAUACUAUUUAAUUAAGCUAUUAGGCUAUGAAUUAAAAGAUCAACAAUUAUUAAAUCUCAUUAGUAGCAUAAUUGACGUUUCCUUAGAUUACAACUCUGCUGAUGGAGUUGAUAAUAAAAGUUUAAUAAUUUAUAAUAAUUUUAACGAUCCUCUUAAAAAGGAAUUCAUCGCAAGAAUUUUAAAAGAUUUUCAAUCCGUUAUAUCAAGGGUUAUACAUACCCCUUUAAGAAGACCUCAUUAUAUGACAAUUGAGAAAUUUAUUGCUAAAUUAAAAUCUGCUAAAAAAAUUAUCGUGUUAACUGGUGCAGGUAUAUCUACUUCAUUAGGUAUCCCAGAUUUUAGAUCUUCUGAAGGUUUUUAUUCAAAAUUGAGAAAUUUGGGGUUGGACGACCCACAAGAUGUCUUCAAUUUACAGAUAUUCAGAGAGAAUCCUUCUGUUUUUUAUAAUAUUGCAUAUAUGGUUUUACCACCUGAAAAUAUUUUCUCUCCAUUGCAUAGUUUCCUAAAAUUACUUCAGGAUAAAGAUAAAUUAUUAAGAAAUUAUACACAAAAUAUAGAUAAUUUAGAAUCAUACGCUGGUAUAAAACCUGAAAAGAUGGUUCAAUGCCAUGGUUCCUUUGCAACUGCCUCCUGUUUUAGCUGUCAUUUAAAUGUUCCAGGAGAGAAAAUUUUUAAUAGCAUUAGAAAAGUUACUUUACCACUUUGUCCUGUUUGUUAUGAUAAAAGACAAUAUCUUUUCAGUAUUGGUAAUAAUAAAAAGGAUCAAGAAAUUGAAAAUGAAAGUGAUAAUGAAAAAGAAAGUCACGAUAAUAAAGAAAAUCAUAAUGAUGAUGACAAUGAUGACGAUAAUGAUGCAUUAAAUUCAAGUUUGAGUGAAAGUUCAUACUCGGAUCCUGAUAUGUAUGUUGCAAAAUCAUUUGGCGUAAUGAAACCAGAUAUUACCUUCUUUGGUGAACCAUUACCAGACAAAUUCCAUAAUUCCAUCGAAAAAGAUGUAAAAGGAUGCGAUCUUUUGAUAUGCAUCGGUACUAGUUUGAAGGUUUCUCCGGUGUCUGAUAUAGUCAAUAUGGUACCACAACAUGUCCCACAGAUUUUAAUCAAUAAGGACCCAAUAAGGCAUUGCAACUUUGAUUUAUCAUUAUUGGGAUAUUGUGACGAUAUUGCUGCAUAUAUUUCUAAAUUAUGUGACUGGAAAAUUGAUCAUCCAAAAUGGAAUGAUUUAUCAAAGCAAGAAUUCAAGAAUGAAAAGUUGCAAGAAGGCAUGUAUAAUAUAUCUAAAUCAGAUGCUUGA